CUAAGCAAUUGAACUUCUUGAGUGCUUGCACAGUCUGCUCUCUAGACCUACCAGCUAGAGUCACAAAUCCAUCGAGAAAAUGGUCUCAUUCAAUACUAGUAGUUUAAUCAUAUCAGCCCUUGUCUCUGGGUGCAUUGCCCUUGGGGCUCUCUCAUGGGGGUAUCAACGUGGAGCAACAAAACAAGUGCACGCUGUGAAGGAUCCCAACACAUGUUUGUAUGUACCCGGAGGAGGGUUUUCUGGCUUCUUUUACCACAUUGGCCAUCUGCAGGCUACAUCGACGGCAAAGCCAACAGUAUCCAACAUAAUUGCUGGUUCCGAGAGUGACAAUGUUGACACCGACUACUACUGCUAUUCUGCAGGAUGCCUUGCCAUAACGGCUGCUUUGGGCAACAUCACUGUUUUUGAUAUUAUUGAUGCAUUAUGGGAUCUUCAAGACUUAAUGCGGACUGGGAACAUCUCACAGUUUGAGAUGGUGGAGGGGUUUGUAGACUAUCUGAUAUCUACAGGUCGUGAACGUACUUUGAUUGAUGCAGCUUUGGCCAAGAUGCACAUAAUCACAACUGCAGUGUUGCCUGCAGAAGGCUGGCUGUCACCACCCAAGCUAGAAACUGUUGUAAGGACGCCCCAAUCUCUCAGAGAGCUCAAGGAGAUGCUGCUGCAGACCACAUGGAUCCCGGGAGUCACUGGAAACGGUUGGGUAUCUGAUGAUCAUCUGGAUGGUGGUCUCACAACAUCCAGCCAUCCUGCUUGUUCAAGUGCAGUGGAAGUCCCCCAAUUCACUUGGACCUGGGAAAGCCUAGAAUUCUAUGCCAACGUUCUCUUUGGUGUGACCAUGAGCAAAGAACAAGCUGAACGUUUCUGGUUCGCAGGAGUCAAACAGGGCCUCCAGGUGGCUGGCCGCAAGGUUUGAUAUCAAAACUAGCUGUACGGAAAACAGAUAAAUAGAUAGACAAGAG